AUGCUAUCCAAAUUCAGAAGUACCUCGAACCUCCCGAGGCUGAUAGCCAGAAGACUCCAGCCGGGGCCCGAAAGCCUGGACUCCGUCAGCUUGAGGCGAGCGAGAUCCGGGCGUUUGGGACGGCCCUUCCCGGGCAGGCGAUGCUUCUCUGGGGAGAGCAAGCCGCCCAAGGGUUUUGAGAAGUUCUUUGAGAAGAACGGGAAGAACAGUAAGCCCAAGCAGAGCCAGACGGCUGAGUCCCAGAAGUCGGAGGCACCAAAAGAAACGCCUAAAGAGGCACCCAAGGAGUCCAAGGAAGCCGAGUCCGGCUCGGGUCGCUCGAACCAGUCGAGAGAUGGCAAAGAGGCUCCGAAGGAGGGAAAAGGAAAGGGGUCAGAUAUGAACCCUCAUGCAGAUUCACAGCGGCAGAUCGUGGUCUUCUCAGUGGCCACUGGCUUGCUCUUAAUGUACUACUUCUCCCAAGGUGGACAAAGCGAUCACGAGAUCACCAUCCAGGAGAUGCUCCGGGAUUACUUGCUGAAGGGUCAUGUGGAGCGGCUUCAGAUUGUCAACAAGUCCUUCUGCCGGGUACACCUGCGCCCUGAUGCUCCGAUGAAUGAGAGUGAGGCCCAGCGAAACAGCGGCAAAGGCCCUCGGACCAUGACCAUCCAGCUAGGAAGCCCGGAAACCUUUGAGGCGAAGCUGGAGCAGGCACAGAAUGAUUUGGGGAUCUCUCCGAUGGAGCAUGUGCCGGUCCAGUAUAUCGAUGAGCAGGAUCUCAUGUCUGAGAUCCUUCCUCACAUCCCCACCCUCCUCUUCCUCAUCCCGCUGCUCUUUGCAGCCAGAUCGAUGGCCAGUGGCAUGGGGCCUGGAACCCCCGGAGUGGGCGGGCCCGGCGGGCGAAAUAUCUUUAGCAUUGGCAAGGCCUUCCCUGCUGGGUCAAAAGACCUGAAGUCCAAGAUCAAGUUCGACGAUGUGGCCGGCCUUGAUCAAGCAAAAGCGGAGGUGGUGGAGUUUGUGGACUUUCUUCGCGCCCCGACCAAGUAUGAGCAGCUUGGUGCACGUGUGCCUAGAGGUGGUCUGCUAGUCGGUCCGCCUGGCACAGGCAAGACGUUGCUUGCAAAAGCGGUUGCUGGUGAAGCCGACUGCCCUUUUUUCGCCAUGAGCGGUUCGGACUUCAUAGAGAUGUUCGUGGGCGUUGGGUCCUCGCGAGUUCGAGACCUCUUCCAGCAGGCACGGGCCAGUGCUCCAUCCAUCAUCUUCAUCGACGAGAUUGAUGCUGUCGGGCGUCGACGUGGCAAGGGUGGCUUCAGCGGUGGCAAUGAUGAGCGUGAGAACACUCUGAACCAGAUGCUGGUAGAGAUGGACGGCUUUACCUCGGGCACCGGAGUGGUUGUGCUCGCAGGUACGAACCGGGUAGAUAUUCUGGAUCCAGCACUCACUCGACCUGGGCGAUUUGAUCGCCAAAUCGCCAUCGAUAAGCCAGACCUGGCUGAGAGGGAGAAGAUCUUCAUGGUUCACUUGAAGCCGGUGACCUUGCACAAGGACUUGAAACGAGAGGAGGUGGCGAAGAGGAUGGCGUCUCUGACCCCGGGCUUCGCUGGGGCGGACAUCGCCAACAUCUGCAACGAGGCCGCCAUCUUCGCCGCGCGACGCGCGGCGGAGUCGGUGGAGAUGCAGGAUUUCGAGCGGGCCACAGAGCGGAUUCUGGGUGGAUUACCCAAGCAAAACAGCUUGAUGAGCCCGGCGGAGAAAAGGACGGUGGCUCUGCAUGAGUCUGGACAUGCCGUGGCAGGUUGGUUCUUGGAGCACGCGGAUCCACUCCUCAAAGUCUCCAUUGUGCCACGAAGUAGUGGAGCUCUAGGCUUCGCUCAAUACCUCCCAGCUGAGAUGAGCCUCUUCAGCAAGGAGGCCAUCCUUGAUAAGAUCGCGGUGGCUCUGGGCGGCCGGGCGGCGGAGGAGCUCUUCGUGAAGCGGAUCUCUACCGGGGCCUCGGACGAUCUCGACAAAGUGACGAAGAUGGCCUACUCCAUGGUCGCGGUCUACGGGAUGAACUCAGAGCUCGGGCUGCUCUCCUACGGCCAGAACAACGCCUCGGAGCAGUUCUACAAGCCCUACAGCGAAGAGACGGGUCGAAAGAUCGAUGAACAAACUCGGAGUAUCGUCGAUGAGCAGUACAGGCGAGUCAAGGAGCUCCUGGAAGAGCAGAGCGAGAAGCUGCAGCUCUUGGCGGAUAAGCUUGCCGAGAAGGAAACUCUGGUAUACCAUGACCUCGUCGAGGUGCUUGGGGAGAGACCCUACUCGAUCAAGGAAGAGCUGAAUAAGUUCGUAACGGCCGGCGCGAACCCUUUCACGCAAGAAAUGGGUUCCACGCAGUCCAAAGACGACGAGAACAAGGACGAGUCCGACGGUCAGGAGAGCAAGGAGCCGGAUGCAUCCCAGGCGCAGAGCACAGGAACGGAAGCCAAGGCUGCAUCGGCCCAAGCAUAG